CUCAACUGGAUUUCCGUGAACACCUUGCUGGCUUUGAAGUUUAAUAGUGAACAAGACCAUCAAUUAUUGACGGUGUAGCCGGUAUAUUUUGGAAUUUAUUGUGACAGAAAACAAUUUCGACUUUUUAAGUAGACAGAUGUGCUAAAAAAGACUGAUACUCUAUAAUUUGUUAUACUCGCUCACAAUGCCACUGUUUGGCAAGUCUCAGAAGAGCCCUCAAGAGUUAGUGAAAACUCUCAAGGAAGCAAUGACUGUCUUAGAAAAAGAGAAUGUCACAGAUAAAAAAGCUGAAAAGGCUUCAGAGGAUGUGUCUAAGACGUUGAUUUCAAUGAAGAAUAUCCUGUAUGGUACAGGGGAUCAAGAGCCGCAAACUGAACUAGUGGCACAACUUGCACAGGAAUUGUACAACUCAAAUCUACUACUCAUACUUAUACAAAACCUACAGAAAAUUGACUUUGAGGCCAAAAAGGAUGUAGCCCAAAUUUUUAAUAACAUCUUGAGACGACAGAUUGGUACACGAUCUCCUACAGUAGAAUAUAUCUGUACAAAACAAGAGAUUCUUUUUACUCUUAUAAAAGGGUAUGAAACACAGGAAAUAGCUCUUAACUGUGGUGUCAUGUUGAGGGAAUGUGUUAGACAUGAAGCAUUGGCAAAAAUUAUUCUCUACUCCCCUGACUUCUAUAAUUUCUUUAAAUAUGUUGAGAUGUCUACAUUUGACCUUGCCUCUGAUGCAUUUGCAACAUUCAAAGAUCUUUUAACCAAACAUAAGAUAUUGUGUGCAGAAUUUUUGGAAAACAACUACGGUGAUGUAUUCUCACAUUAUGAAGGUUUACUCAACUCAUCUAAUUAUGUGACAAGAAGACAAUCAUUGAAGCUACUUGGAGAGUUACUUUUGGAUAGACACAACUUCACUGUGAUGACAAAAUAUAUCAGUAAUCCAGACAAUCUAAAAUUAAUGAUGAAUAUGCUGAGAGACAAGAGUCGGAAUAUACAGUUUGAGGCCUUCCAUGUGUUCAAGGUGUUUGUUGCAAAUCCAAACAAAAGUAAGCCUAUAUUAGAUAUACUAUUGAAGAAUAAAGAGAAACUUGUGGAUUUUCUAUGCCAUUUCCACAACGAUAGAACAGAAGAUGACCAAUUUAAUGAUGAAAAAGCAUACUUAAUAAAACAGAUUCGUGAACUGAAACCUGUGGCAUAGUAAAAUGAAGGGUGUAUAACUUACAGGCAAACUAUGUACCUGUAUAUAAUCUAUUAACACAAGUAGUUGUACAGGUUGUAUGACAGACUAAACUAUUAGUAGUAUUGUGUAGACAUCUAUGGAAAGAGCCCAAGUGCCAUCCAUGUAUUUAGUUAUACUAUAGGAUUAAUAGUCAGCUAUGUAAAUUGCACAUAUAUAGUUUUAAAAAAAUUAAUUCAUACAAUCAUUUUUGUUUCAACCUAAUUUUUCCAACUUUUAUUUCAAAGGUAUAUUGUUUUUUGACUCGUGUGCGAGUCUUCGCGACUACUAUGUAUGCAAGUCAUUCCAUUGUUAUGUCAAGAACCACUUGUUGGACUUCAAUGAAAUCUGGUACCUAGAUGCUCUUAUAUAAUGUGCAUAUUGUUUACCUAAUUUACAUAACAAUUAACCAAUUCUCAGCUGUUGCACUUGAAAUGCCUAUAUCUCAACACUACUCUGUAUAGUUCAAUGAAACUUGGUACAUGUAGACCUGAGUUAUGGGUUGAAAUUUGUAUAAUAGUUACCCAUUUUAUGAUGUAGCUAGUGUUUUCUGUGUAUUGUAAAUCAGAUUAUUUUCACUGCAGAGCUAUAAUUUUAAUUAUCACAUGACCUGGUUCAUAUCAUUCAGUUGUAACGUUUAGCAUAUAAUACCACUGCUAAUAUGGUAUGGUAAACGUAGUGAUAUUCAUGUUACACAUUAAAUGCAUGUUUGUACAGUACCAUAUUUGUUCUAUUAGAAGCGCAUGUAAGCCAACAGUUACAUCUAUAAUUUGACCAUGGACACAUCUUUGUUAUUUAUGCGAGUGUUUCUAAUAAAGCAAAUACAUUAUG